AUGGGCUUCUUUUACAGUCAAUUAUUCAAACGGCUGCCCUACCCUACGGGCUCUUUCGUUGGCAAAACCAUUGUUAUUACUGGUAGCAAUGUCGGCCUUGGAAAAGAAGCGGCGCGCCACUACGUCCGCCUGGGCGCUAGCCGGAUGAUCCUUGCUGUGCGUAGCUUGGAGAAGGGCCAUGCUGCCAAGCAAGACAUCGAAGCGUCUACCAACUGUGCAGAGGAUGUCAUCCAAGUCUGGCAGAUUGAUAUGGGCAGCUACGACAGCGUGAAGCGGUUCGCCUCGCGGGUCAACUCCGAGCUGGACCGCGUCGACAUCUUCCUCGCCAACGCCGGCAUCGCGCGCUUCGAAUACUCAACCACCGCGGACAAUGAGUCACAGAUCACCAUCAACGUCGUCUCGACAUUCUUACUGGCCGCGCUGGUCAUGCCUAAGCUGAAGGCCACGGCGGCCAAGUACCACACACGGCCCACGCUCACCAUCACCACCUCCGAGGUGCACGGCCACACCACGUUCCCGCAGAGACUGGCGCCUGACGGCCAGAUCUUCGCCGCCAUCAAUGACAAGGAGACGGCGGAGAAGCACUACGAGGAGAUGUAUCCCAUCUCCAAGCUGCUCCAGGUGUUUGGCGUGCGCUACAUCGCCGACAAGCAUCCCGCCUCCACGUUUCCCGUCACGGUGAAUUGCGUCAAUCCGGGACUGUGCCAUUCGGAGCUGUCACGUGACGAUCCCACCAUGAAAUACACCAUCCUCAAGUUUGUUUUGGCACGCUCGACCGAGGUCGGUAGUAGAACACUAUUUCAUGCUGGAGCCCAGGGUGCGGACUCGCAUGGCCAGUAUUUGAGCGAUUGCGAGAUUGCGGAACCGGCUGCAGUGGUUACCAAUGAGGAGGGUAAGAAGGCGCAGGACCGCGUGAUGGCCGAGCUGGUGAAGAAGCUGGACGCGAUCCAGCCGGGGGUGUGGAACAACAUCUGA